AGCGGGCUGUCGCCAUGUCGUUUGUUGUGGACUCGGUCAUCAUGUUCUCCUCGCAGGUGCUUUUUUUUGGCUUUGGAUGGCUUUUCUUCAUGCGCCAGUUAUUCAAGGACUAUGAGGUUCGACAGUAUGUUGUCCAAAUAGUUUUCUCUGUGAUGUUUGCUUUCUCCUGCACUAUGUUUGAACUCAUCAUCUUUGAGAUUCUAGGUCUGUUAAACAGCAGCUCACGAUACUUUCAUUGGAAGCUGAAUUUGUAUGUCACACUAGUGGCACUUAUUUUUAUCGUCCCUUUCUACAUCGGCUAUUUUGUGGUCAGCAACAUCCGACUUUUGCAGCGAAAAAGAUUCCUGUUCGCGUGUGUCGUUUGGUUGGCAUUCAUGUACUUUUUCUGGAAACUCGGAGAUCCAUUUCCCAUCUUAAGCCCAAAACAUGGGAUUCUAUCAAUCGAGCAAUUGAUCAGCAGAGUUGGUGUCAUUGGUGUCACGCUAAUGGCAUUGUUAUCGGGCUUUGGUGCCGUUAAUUGCCCAUACACUUACAUGUCUUACUUCCUGAGGAAUGUAACCGAUAGUGACAUUCUUGCACUGGAGAGGCGGUUACUCCAGACCAUGGACAUGAUCAUCAGCAAGAAGAAGAGAAUUGCUGUGACCAGGAGGAUGAUGUACCAGCGUGGGGAAGUACUGAAUAAGCCUGCAGGGUUUUGGGGAAUGAUCAAAAGCGUGACAUCAUCAUCUUCCAACGGUGAAAAUCUCUCACUUAUUCAGCAGGAAGUAGAUGCUCUGGAAGAACUGAGCCGACAAUUGUUUCUCGAAACAGUUGAUCUUCACGCCACAAAGGAAAGAAUUGAAUACUCAAAAACAUUCCAAGGAAAAUACUUUAAUUUUCUGGGGUACUUUUUCUCUAUAUAUUGUGUCUGGAAAAUCUUUAUGGCAACAAUAAAUAUAGUCUUCGACCGUGUUGGUAAAACAGACCCAGUCUCACGAGGUAUAGAGAUCACAGUGAACUAUCUGGGCAUUCAGUUUGAUGUGAAGUUUUGGUCUCAACAUAUCUCCUUCAUCCUUGUGGGAAUCAUUAUCGUAACCUCCAUCCGGGGUUUACUGAUCACUCUCACCAAGUUCUUCUACGCAAUUUCCAGCAAUAAAUCUUCCAAUGUCAUAGUGCUUGUCCUCGCACAGAUUAUGGGCAUGUAUUUUGUGUCAUCGGUGUUGCUCAUGAGGAUGAGCAUGCCCCUGGAAUAUCGCACCAUUGUCACAGAGGUCCUUGGGGAACUGCAGUUCAACUUCUACCAUCGCUGGUUUGAUGUCAUCUUCCUCGUCAGUGCGCUGUCCAGUAUCGUCUUCCUCUACCUCGCACACAAGCAAGCCCCAGAGAAGCAGAUGAGCUUUUAGAAACACCGAGACCCGAGGCGCUCUGAUUCUGUGCUCUCGCCCACUGUGUCAACCUUCAUUGUGCAUCCAAACCAACUCUUGCAGGUCUUUCCUUCCAGAAAAUAUUGAGAAGACUCAAAGGAAGGCAGUAUUUUAGUGAAGCACACCGGGGAUUGCAGAACUCUGGAGGACGGGUUCUUUGAUUCAAGGAAUUUGAAACGUUUAACUUAAAAGUUGGUAUAAAAAAACAAAAUCACUGCUAAAGUUUACAUAUAUUUUUGAACUGAAAUCACACAAACUUUUGAAUGGUGUGGAUUGAUUUGGUUUUUUAUUAAGCACAAUAGUAAGAAAUGUUCUAAAGGAUAAAUUUUCCAUUAAUGGAGAAAUCAACAGGGGAAGGUAAUUUCUCAGUGUACUCUCAGUCAGCAAGGAUCCAGGCUAGAUUCUGCCUUUUCAGAAAUUCUCCCUUGACCCUCAUUGGCAGGUAACACCAAGGCACUUGUGACUUUGCAGAGGAAAGUCACACGUUGUGAUUUCCCACUUUGUGAACCUUGUGAAGUAUCUUUCCAUUGAGAGAAAUGGAACGGUGAGUGUUAGUGAGUCCCAGUUCCUGGCACCUGAAGUAUGGAGGGCUGCUGAUGUUUACCUGAUGUGCCUCAACGUCACACUGGAGAUAGGUUCUACUAUUCUCUUACAGUCUGUCGAACUAGACUUCUGACACCUGGAGUGUAGCAUCAAGUGUAUAUACCUCGAAUUCUUUCAAUAAAUGAAGUUCUUUAUCA